AUGCUGAGGCCGAUGCUGGCGUGCUGCAAGCUCUACGUCUCCGAGGGCCGGAGCGCGGCGGCCCUGCGCGCCGUCGAGCAGGCGGCGCGCCGGCACCACCCGGCCGUAGUCCUCGUCAACACCUUCGCCGACGACGCCUACAACCGGGUCGGCUACACGCUCGUCUCCCGCCUCCCGGACCCCGUCGCGCCCGCCGCGCCGCUGCGGCGCGCCGUGUUCGGCAUGGUCGAGGCCGCGCUCGGGGCCAUCGACCUCGGCGCCCACGCCGGCGCGCACCCGCGGCUCGGCGCCGUCGACCACGUCUGCUUCCACCCCCUCGCCGGGGCCGCCCUCCGCGACGUCGCCGCGCUCGCCGCCGCCGUGGCCGCUGACAUCGGCGACGGGCUCCGAGUGCCGACGUACCUCUACGGCGCGGCGCACCGGGAGGGCCGGAAGCUGGCGGCCAUCAGGAGGCAGCUAGGCUACUUCAAGCCCCAGAGCAGCGCCGAGUGGCACGGGCCGCUCCCGGUCGCGGCCGACACGACGGCGCUGCCAGUCGCGCCCGACGCCGGCCCGGACGCGGCGUCGGCGUCCAAGGGCGUGCUGGUGCUCGGGGCGACGGCCUGGGUGGACAACUACAACGUCCCGGUGCGCACCGCCGACGUGGAGGCCGUGCGGCGGGUCGCGCGCCGGGUCAGCGAGCGCGGCGGCGGGCUCCGGUCCGUGCAGGCGAUGGGGCUCGCGCACGGCGACGGCGGCGCCGAGGUCGCGUGCAACCUGCUCGACCUCGGGAGCGUGGGCGCCGAGGAGGUGCAGGGCAUGGUGGAGCGGCUCGCGGGUGAGGAAGGGCUCGCCGUCGGCGAGGGGUACUUCACGGAUUUCUCCCAGGAGAAGAUCGUCGAGCUCUACAUGGAGAAAUCAGCUCAGGCUGAGGCUUAA